AUCGCAUCACAGAAGCAGCGAUGUGAUUAGUCAGUCCACCAGUCGUGUCAGUCAGUCAUAUAAAGUCAGUCGAGUCCGGAGAGAGUCGAGUCGUGCCAGAGAGAGGAGUGUAUAGUAACAGGAAGGCGAAGUUGGAUCAUGGUGACAAAUUUUACACGAACAACCUGAACUUUUGGGAUGCGAAUUUAGUGCCGUUGCGAGUGAGUUUUUCGGUUUUUGGUGACCUUGCCAGUUGCUUUUGCGUUAGAUUAGUGCUUUGACGCGGAAUUUGGAGAAUCGGAGCUGUUCCAGAUUGUAGUACCUCAGGAGAUCCGUGGAAGUGACUAGAAGGAAGAAAAAAAACUGGAUCUCUACUAUGCGAACAAUAUAGCGCAUGCGACGCACCUUGCCGCAUCUGCCGCCACCAACAAUGCUUAACAACAGAGCCGUUUAAGCCAGAACAAUACACCUCUCGAAACAGCAACGCGUAAGAUGUCCGAUACCAAAUCCGAGCCGCAGCAGCAGCAUUCGAGCUCGAGCACUGAGUCGUCAUCGCAAACACCACAAACACUAGUAGCAGCAGCAGCAACAGCAGUAGUAGAGUCGCCACCAGCAGCAGUAUCUUCGCCGACUUCAGCAGAUUCGCCCGCCAUCAUCGAAACCACCUCCACCACUUUGACGCUUGGCGACCACGGCAAGCCACCGUUAGCAACAGAGGAAGAUUCCAGCAGCACAAACAGCAACAUUCCAGCGGUCACAGUCACCGUCAUUGAAAGUUCAAUUCCUACGGCGAACAGUUCCUCGUCAACGACUGCGUCGUCCAUUCAGAUUGAAUCGACUUUUACGGCAACAGUUCACCAGCCCUCGAUCAUCGUUGAGCGGCAAACUUCGGUCAGCUCCACCGAGGGAAGCAUGUCGAACAGUAACAACGCCAACGCAGGCGGCUCGGGAUUCCGUAGUUCGUUUAACGGACGUGUACCUUUUGCCAGAAUCCUAUCAACGGGAAGUGCCGGCGAUCGUCGGGCUGUCGGCAACGAUGCGGCACGUGUCUCAGGAAACCUAAGCAAUAACCUGUUGAAUGACAUUUUUGCCUUCGUGCAGCAAGCACGCAACCCAAAUAGUCUAUUCUCGUCGGAAAGACGAUCGUUAUUCCUCCAAUCCGGCCGUUCCGCGUCACACAUGCCAGGAAGCAGCACACCACCGAUUGGCCACGCUACCACCGGUAACCCCAGCGACGUAGUAAUUGAUCUUGACAACGCUACCGGGCCAUCGCUCCGUUCGUCCAACAAUGAAAUCUAUCCUAUUUCUACGUCUUCGUCCAUUGCCAGUGGUAUCCGGCCAAACUCCUGGAUGCCAGCAAAUACCACAGACGAGGACGCCAUAGCCAGCCGUGCUUCUAUAAUGCCGAACUUCAACUAUCACCACCACCAUCAUCAUUUCCACAACCAUCAACCGCUGUCCACCAUUCACCACCACCAACAUCUGGCACACCCUCAGCCGGCACUUCUCCAGCAAGCCCAAACAGCCCAACAAAGCCAACCAGCUUCCUUGGGAGCUACCGGCAAUGGAGGUUCUGCUAACGAACCCCCUCAACGGCCCAGCUCUCCAACCAAUCCGAACCCCAACAAUGGCACUCGCAGUAACAGUGUCAGCUCUAACCAACCAAACGAUGAGGCUACUGUCCAUGAAGCCCUCAACCAAAUACCAGAAGCUCGCGCCAUGAUGGACACCUUUGCUCGGUACAUUCCGCUACUGUUCAUCUUGGUCACAAAGCUUUGCUACGAUCACCUUGAUGGCAUCAUCCACUUCCUAGCCCUGUUGAUGACAUUUUCCCAUGCCAAUUGGGUUGUCCGCCAGGAGAUCUCCAAACAGGCCCAGAAACGGAUAAUGGUGCUGUUGCGCGAAAUGAUCUUUAUCGGAAUCGCCCUAGCCGUAGUCGGUUUCGUCCUCGAACGAAAAAACAUCUUCCUCAGCAUUUUGUUCAUGCCGGACCUGUCCGAACCGCAGACACUCAAAACUCUCCUGUUCUCAGUUUGCAUGUCCGAUCUGGUGCUCAAGUUGCUCACCAUCAUCGUCAAGAUCGUCAUCACUCUGAUGCCACCGAGCGUGAUCGAGUACAAAAGUCGAGGCAAAAUCUAUUUGAUGACGGAAUCGCUCUCUCAGCUAUACCGUGCCGCCGCUCCCAUCCAGCCCUGGUUGAUAUUCCUCUUCGAAUCAUACUCAGGCUCGGAAAAGAUCGUCGGUGUCAUCUUGUCCGCAGUUUACAUGGUUGCAAAAUCAUCCGACCUGCUCGAUCGGAUCAAGUUUUGCAAACGAUCGGUGAUCAAGCUGCUGCAAAAAACGAGCUACGGAACCAUCCCGUCGAAGGAACAGCUGCAGGCAUGUGGUGGGCAGUGCCCAAUCUGCCAUGACAACUUCAACUCGCCGGUACUGCUCGAGUGCAACCACAUCUUCUGCGAACUCUGCGUCGGAACCUGGUUCGAUCGGGAGCAAACCUGCCCGCUCUGUAGGGCCAAGAUCGUUGACGAUCCUUCCUAUCGGGACGGCGCAACUACGUUCUUCUUGCAGCUGUAUUAAUCCCCCCAAACCAUCGAUGCCCCGCGUGCAACACGUGUACAGUGAAACCGUCUAUGACGGAACUCAGUGACACAGCAGCAGUGCGGAGACUAGUGACAAUUGCGUUUAUUGAGUAAAGCCCCGUAAACAGCGUUUAUGAGUUGUUUAUUAUGGAUUAUUUUAUCUAAAUUUCCGAAGCACAAACUGCUUCACGAGCGGCAUCCUGAGCAGGGCGAAAUCAACUUGCGCAUGGUUUGCCGACCAAACUUAUUGGGUCGAGAUUUAAUUGUAAGCAAAUACAAAAAUUUUACCUAUUAGUUUAAUUUUAUGCGUUUAUAAUUCCAAAAAUUCAACAAAAGUUUACACAAAAUAACCGUAACCAUGGUGACAUAUAAACAGAAAAACUUUUUUACUGUGUUUGAUGAUAUUUAAAUUUAAUUAAAAAAAGGUACUGAAAAAAAAACUGAAGAGAAACGUGAUGCCGCGAUAAAAAAAAACAGCUUAAAUCGUACGGGGAAGAGUGCGAGGAAAGAGUGAACCAAAAAUUGCGAUAGUGAUGACUGAGAUGGCGAUGUGUUAAAGUUGCGCAGUGAAAACGAAAAAUUCUGUUACUAUAAUCAAAAAAGUAGGUUUGAAGAAAAACAAAAAUGAAUUGACGAACGAGGAGGGCACUACCUUUAAUCAAAAGAAAAUACAGGAGAUGGUGUGCUCAAGU